AUGCCACCUUCGCCAUCGAUAGUUGAGAUCGGCUCCGACAUCGAACGAACGGCGCGGGCCUGCGGCUCGACCCCCAUGACUCGCGUGCACCAAGUCUUGGGAGUCCUGGCGCCUAGACCGUUCGACCUCUGUACUGAAGGCAAAGGAAAUGAGCUCAAGCUCUUUUACGACACCCCUUCUUGGAUACCAAACCAAGUUCCUUGCACGGACAUUCUUGGAGGGUCGCUGACCACAUUCACACCUGGUGCAGAGAUGUACUACAACUGGACUUUGCCGGACGAUCUCGGCGUCAAAGAUUCCGAUUACGUUAUUUCGUACUUCAACCAGACAACCGAUGCGGCCGGCCAGAACUUUUUCAGUAGCUCGGCUUUUGUCAUCCAAGGAUACGAGUCCAGAUCCAGCGCCACAAGCCCUCAAUCUACGGCAACGCCAAUGCCAACGACAGGCACGACCCCAUCCUCACGUUUAAGUACUUCAAGGAGCACGUCUCUCUCAACGGGCGCUAAGAUAGGAAUUGGUAUCGGCGCUAGCUCAGCGUUCUUGCUCUCAUUUCUGGGAGCUUGGGUUCUCCUGCGGCACAGACGCCGCCGGCCCGACCUUUGGGGUACCGGAGUCGAGGGGAAAACAGGGUUCGAGAAACCAGAACUGGAUGCUGCAGAUACUCAACAUCGCUUCGAACUGUGCGCCGAAGCAUACGGUCGUUCCUCACCAUAUACUGCGCGCGCUACAGAACCACACUCAGACAAAGAGCCUACAGAGCUUCCAGCCUAG